ACAAACACAUGCAAGCAGCAGCGGGAAACGUGAAUUGUUUAAUGUAAAAUUAGGUUGAAUGUUUGUCCAGUUUAUUAGAUGUUUUAAAUGUAUAGAGAGGGACAAGGAGUUAAUGCAGAGCGGGAACUUCUGUUAUAGGGCCGUUAGCUGCUGCCACUGGCCGCGUUACAUUUGUUUGCAUUGUUUUUAACAUUUAUGUUGUGGUAUGCGUACAUUGAAAUGAAUCUUUAAAAGAACCAUUAAUCGCUGGGAAAAAGUAUGUCGUCUAACUCCACUACCAAUAACGAAGAUGAUAAAGAAGACGUGGAGAUUGUUAGUGUCGAUGUUAUGGAUGUUAGCAAAAAAAUACAGGAAAUCCGCUCUGAUGUGCCCUUCAUCAGGGAUGUGAUGAAAGCGCACAGGCUGGCCCUAAACGAAUGCCAAUAUAAUAAGUUGGAAAAACUGGUGCAAAUACUAGCAAACAAUGGAAAUGUAUCCAUGACAGUUCUAAACAAAAUUGAAGUUGUCAUUGGAAAACUAAAAUCGAGAUUCAGUUCGCUAUUGGCUCCUAUAGAGACCAUUGAUAUUAGUAACGACAGUGCUGCAAUGGCAAAAUCCAAAACAUUGGGCACUACACAGAAUGAAAAUUCACCCGAUUCAUCUACAUCUGCAAAAGGUUCUCCUGUUGCGUCGUCAUCAUCACGGCCUCUUCCCAAUGUACAGCCAUCACCAUCCUCUGAAAAGUCUGUGACAAGAGCAAAAGAUGCUACUCAUCCCAUGCAACCAUCAACAUCCUCUGAAAAGUCAGCAACAACAGUUGCAACAACAGCAAAAGAUGCUACUCAUCCUAAAACAAGUUUGUCUGCACAAGAACCUCCAGCUCAAAAAGAUGUUAUACGAACGCCAAAUCGGAAUCCUGCAGUAUCAUUAAAAAGCAAACCACUUGCUACUUUGGAAGAUCCAUCGACUUUUGAAUCACCACCAACGCUAGCAACGCUGAUGGGUCAAUCGUCUAGUACCAGAGACGCCGUGACAAAUAAAAGUGGCGCCAGUAAUGAUCGUCGAACUAGUUCUGGAUCACCUAGCUAUUCCAUUCGAAGAUUCAAUCCAAGUCCCCCAUCUGGGUCGGAAAAAAAUAGUCCACCUGAAGUUAGUGUGAACAAAACUCCCGUGGAGGGGCCAAAAUCAAGUCAAUCGUCCACCAAAACUCCAAAUGGGGUGGCCGCCAAGAGCGCCACAAGUUGUGAUUUUAUGCGCCGCACUAAACCUAUGGUUCCAAGUUACCUUCGAAAACUCAACCCAAGUCCUCCUCAUGAUUUAGUACAAGGCAAUCCACUUUCAGCUAAAGUGAAUGAUACAUCGAUGACAUCGUCAAGACUUAGUGUGGAAGCAUCGUCAUCGCGUCCACGAUUAAGCAUUCCAACUGAGUUGACCUCUAGUAGCACUAGUUUUGAUUUUGUGCGUCGAAGUAAACCUGCAGUAGGCGAUUUCACUCGUAGGUCCAAUGCUUGUAAUCCUGGAACACCACAAACGACCACAAUUGCACCCGAUUUCAUACGCCGUUCACAUACUGAGCCCGAGAAGGGAGCGAUGGCUGCAAAUUCUCUUGAAGAGGCACGGAAAAAGUUGGCUGCUCUUCGAGGAGAUGUACCGUUAGCCUCGAACAGUAAUGAUCCGCGCGGAAGAAAACCAAAUUAUACAUCCAGCUUGGCUGCAACAACGCAACUACCAAAGACAGAUAUCUCCAAAGCUCUGUGGCCUAGAACAGCGGAUAUAUUGACGGCAGCGACUGGUGACGUUCCAAGCAUGUCCAUUCAUUCCGCACCCACUAUACCCGUGCCUACUCUAUCCUUUCCCGCUCCCCUUCCGCCGGUGCCCAAUAGAUCCGCAUCCGGACCCAUCACAAAUGAUCGUGCACAAUCAUUUAAUACAAAUUUAAAUCAACGUCAGAUAUCCAGGGUAGUGGACUCACAGCAAAGUCCACCGUUAAGAGUUCCAGCGCUUGUGCAGGGAAAAAACUAUGCGACAACUACGGUGUCACCAGUAGCAGAUGGGCCACCAUUAAAUGGUAGUAGUCCCAAUAUUCCUUCAGAAAUAAGGCGUGAUCCACGAUGGCCCAAUAAAUAUUUCACUGAUCCCCGCAAUCAGAAUAACAAUUACAAAACUGACUACAAUAAGACCACGUGGAAUAGCAACGGCCAUGGCAAUGGACCCCAUUCGAUUCAUAAUCACCCCCCUAAUAGACUUGGUACUAAUCGAUUAAAUGAUCAAGUACAUACUACAUAUCGUGAACACCGCGAGGCUAAAGCUCGUGCUGAGGCCGCUGAGGCAGCGGAGCAACAACGUCAAUUUAUGGUGGAUCUAAAACGACAGCAGGAGGCCGAAAAAAAACGACAAAGCACGUCUAUUCAAAAGCAGCGUGAACUGGAAGAGACUAAGGAAAAGACACCUGAAGUGCCAACAUCUGCCCCUGUGACAGGUUUUCAUUUAGACACCUCCUAUCGAAAUUGCGACCAAGUCGGGGCUCCAGCCAAAAAGAUUGUUUUCCGUAUUCCUAAAAUAACCACAACAGUUCCAGAGCAUUCGAAGGAUAUACAGAAAGAUUCUCAGAAAACCAAUGAUAAAACUCGCCCAUUGAAAGGCAAUGAUGUCGCUGGAACUUCAGAUAAAAAAUCACCGGCCAAGAACUCGGAAAGCCCAGAUAAGCAUAUAGUGAAUCUGGAAUCUGAGCCUCCGUUGGCCAGUAGCCUAACAGAAGUAGUUACUCCUAUCGAUGUGAAUCAAGAGAAAAGUAAGCACAAAUCUGAUAAAAGUGAGAGGACGAAGUCGUCCGAUAAGAGCAAGAAACAUCGAAAGCACCGCUCUACGUCAGAGUCAGAAAAACACGGAAAAAAGGAGAGGGGUGAACACAAAGAUAAAGAAAAAAACAAGAAAUUAACAACAAAAAUAAAGAUAGUUGGUUUAACCGGACCGAGUCCAAAAACCAAAGUGGUUAUAAACCCAGAUUCCUCCCAAGAAAGGGAAAUGAAAGAUGGAGAAGGAGAAGCUAUGGACAAUAGUAACAAAGUGAAGGACCAUAUUAAGAAAUCACGCAUUAAAAGGCGUAAUACGAUAGCCCAAAUAGUUAUCGAUGAUACUGAUGAUGAACUAUUGACCCAGACAAAUGAGAAAGACACUACUACUUCUGAUUUCAAAACCGGGAAACAACAUACUCAAGUGUCAGAAGUUAUGGACCAACCAGUUAAAUCACCACCCCAACGCAUUAUGAAACGACGCAAUACGAUAGCUCCAAUUGCUGUUGAUCGCGUGGGUGAUGAUCCCCCAAAUAAACCAACUGAUAAUUGUAGUGUAUCAACACAAAAUAUCAUAACGGGCACACGACGUACUCAAGAGUCGGAAGUUAAGGACGAACCACCACCUGCUAAGCCAGCACGCAUCCUUAAACGGCGCAAUACGUUGGCUCCCAUCGCUAGUGAACCUUUGGUAGAUAAACGUGAAAUAUUUAACAAUUGCAGUCUGCUUUAUGAGGAUAUGCAAGAGUGUCAAAGAGUCGCAAGUAAUAAGGGCACACAACUUUCUCGAAGUGUAGCCAAUUUGUUUGAGAAAACCAGUGAUAAUUGUAGUGUAUCGACGCAGAAUAUCAUAGCCGGCAAACGACGUAAUCGCGGUGAUGAUGUGUCCUUUAAUGAGACGGCAUUAAGCAGGAAUUGUUUUAAAAUGGGUCCAAUAGCAAAACCGGGACCAAAAAGUAAAGUGAACAGUAAUGAAAAUCUUGCAACUGUAGCAACUUCAGCUGAAAAUGCUGCUGCUAAACGUAAGCGUGGCAGAACUAGUACUACUAAAAGACAAACUAAAAAACCGUCCCUGGAUUUACCCAAUAAUACUUCCAAUGUGGCGGAUAACCAAGAAGAUAAACCGGCGACUGACGAUGCACCGACCACAUCUCAGUCUGCUAACGUACAACCUCGUAAGCCUCGUCGUCCAAAACGAAAUGAACUCGAAAAGCUCAAUGAAGAUAUUGCACAAAUGUAUUGCGCUGAGGAAGUGAUGCGGGCCUCAGGACGGCGAACGUGCACACAGCAAGCCCAACACCUAUUCACUAACGAGGAUACAACCAACUCUGAUCCGAACCGGAUAAGAAAUGUGGCGCGGCGUGGGGUCCCUUUUUCAAGGGGUCCAUCAUCUGCCUCUGAUGGUUUCAAUCGGGCUAGCUUUUCAAUUAAACAAGUACGUGUACGUUUGAAGCGUUGCUCUCAACUAGAAACACUUUCGAGCAAAAAAUCUCUACAGGAAACUGAGGCAAAUGUAGAUGAGCCAAUCGAAGAAUCGUCUAUGAAUAGGGGCGUUUAUAAUACAAAUCCCGAUUGGCAUGCCCUUUCCUCAGUGAUAAACCAAUGUGUAGUAUGUGAUGAGCCAAUCAAGAAGUACAAUUCGGUACAUCAUUAUGUUCAGCAUCAUGGUGAACCUUUUGGUUCCCGAUUUGCACCCGGUAUGCUUAAUGAAUUGCGCAUGAAUCGUGGAAAUCGUCCCGUUUACUGUCUAAAACAAAUAUCAAGCUCAUCGAAGAGACUAUUACGAUAUCGUUAUACCUGUCCGUUUUGCAAACGUACUGCAGAUCUUUCGACAUCAGAUUGGUAUGAUCAUUUAGCGCAGCAUACAGGCGAGAUGCGUUAUCAAUGCUCGAAAUGCCAAAAACAAUUUCAUCGUCGACGUGACGCUCAGCAGCAUUUCAAAGCAUGUUCUUCAGAUGCAGAAUUAAUCCACAAUGAGAGUUAUACAAAUCGAGUUCCGAUAAUUGUAUACAUAUGUCAUUUGUGUGAAUUUGUCCAAAAAAGUCAAAAAAAUUUGGUAAAACAUUUAAAAAAUCAGCACGGCAUAAACGAGGCAGUAUUGGAUGAUAUGGUUAGAUCAACACUUCCAUCCGCACAAUUUGAAACCAUUAAAAUUUAUCAUUUGGAAGAUGUGGCUAAGGCUCCAUCCAAUGUUGACUCGCCCAGAAAAAAGUGCAACCAUUUGUCCAUUUCGAAAAAACACAAGAAGAAGAAAUGCAACAAAAUGCCUAAAAAGCAGUUCCGUCGGAUGGCCAGAAAGGCAAUAGGGCUUAUUAAAUCUGAAACCACAAUAAGUGAGGGUUAUGAAAAUGUGCAGUCAACUGAAUCACUGAUGGAUUGCGAGGAAAUCAAUAAUGAUACUCCCAUGCCCAUGGUUAUGGUACAUGCUCAUCAGAUAAUUAAUGAGCCACUCCUGGACGAUACGGAGGAUAUGCCCAAUAAUGCCUACAUGGUUGAAUUAAAUGGUCGUGAGGAUGGGGAGGAACUAAUCUUACCCGAUCCGGAACCAAUGUUGGUCAUUAACGAAUGUAAACUUGAAAACAAAGGAGACACCAUAGAAGAACCGCAACAAAAUACAGAUGAAGAGAUUGUAUUAUUGGGUCAACAUUGUGAAAAGCAAGAAUCGUCAAGUCCUACAAAACAUUUAGAAAUUAUGGACUUUAUUGAAAUUACUGAUGAUGAGGAAAAUAUUCCCUCUGGCAUUGGCAGUGAUGCCGAUGAUGAUAAUCCAAACACGAAAGACAAUUCUGUGUCCGGUAGUAGCAAAUCACGGGAAAAGGACGAAUGGGUUGAUUUGAAAAAACGUAACAAACAUUCGAAACCGAAAUCCAUAUUUGGUAGGUUCAAUCGUUUCUGUACACGCCUCAAGAAGAACGGCGAAGGGAAUGUGCGAACAAAACCAGCUAAACGCAUUGGCGGCAGUCCUGCCAAUGAGAGCAACGAUUUACCAUUAAACGAUCACGGCGAACUAAUGCCUAAAAUGACUGCUUUGGAUCCACCAGCAAUAGAUACCGCUUUGGACUUGGAAACUACACAAGCGAUGCCUCCAACUCUUCUCAUGGCUCCGCCUACUCGUGUCGAAAACGUGGGCUUUCGUCGUGGCUCCUAUUUUUGUUUCUUCCCGAAAUGUACAUUUCUCUAUUCUAAUGAGGUGGAAGGCCUAGAGAAUCAUUUCUCCUUGGAGCAUCCUUCUGUAGGUUGGAGUGGAAAAUGUUUGGCCUGUGAGCAAUAUCAAUCUUCUCCUGAAAGUAGUUCUCAGCAUUCAAAGUGGACUAUAGCGCAGGAACUAAGCCAUAUGGUAGAAAAGCACAUGGAAAAACCAGCAACAUUGUUUGCCGAAGAAAAUGAAAUCGAGCAAUCAGCGCCUCAACCAGUGGAGACCCAGACGCAAUCUUUGGAGCCUCAAUUGUUGGAGCCUCAAGCAUUGGAGCCUCAAUCGUCGGAGCCUCAAUCGUUGGAGCCUCAAGCAUUGGAGUCUCAAUCGUUGGAGCCUCAAGCAUUGAAAUCUGAAUCGUUGGAGCCUCAAGCAUUGGAACAUCAAGCAUUGGAGCCUCAAUCGUUGGAGCCUCAAACAUUGGAGCCUAAAGCAUUGGAGCCUCAAGCAUUACCUCCUCAACCUCCUGCUGCGCCUAAGCUUCGUGUACGUCGUUUCAGUGGCGAUCGCUUGGUUCCUGUAGUGGCAAAGGAAACAAAUAUAUAUAAAGUGAAUAACAAUACCAUGCUCAAGGAUUUAUUAAAUUCAAGUCCACGUCCUCCCAAUCAACAGACUAUUGAUUUUCAAGCUGCUGGCCUAGGUGAAUUCUUAACAACGAAGAAUUUUUCACAACCAGAGCCUGUGUUAGUGAAUAAUCAUGCCAGUGGAUUGGGCCUAUCAAUAAACCAAGUAUUCAGUUUGGUUCAAAACAGUACUCCUCCCCAACAUACUGGAGACUUUAUUGUCACUCAAAGCAGCUUGGGCAAAAAUCUAGACGAUCAGACACCGGCGCAAAUAAAUAUUUCAAUUAAGCCUGCUGCUCCAGCAAUUCCAGUUACUGUUCCCGUUUCUGCUUCUGGUCUCGGUCCAGCUAGGGUGCCUAGUGGAAGUGUAGCCGAUCGCUUCCGUUGCAUGGCCGCAAAAUGCGGCUUUUGUGCACACACUGUGAUGUGCAUACGCGAGCAUAUGAAAUUCCAUAGAUAUAGUUUUGGUAGCAAUGAUUACUUGAAAUGCGCCUACUGUAACCACAUUGGUGUCGAUGUCAACGAAUAUGUGCAUCACGGAGUCACCGUGCAUGGACUUGCUUCUGUUAAAGAAUUGGAGUCAGAGAGAACAGAUUCAAUAACUACCAAUGGCGAAGCUGUUGCUGCUCCUCCUCCGACAAUGGAGACGCCAACAGCUUCCUUAUCUGUGACAGAUCAAAUUCGUGAAGUAUUUAAUCAGCGAAAUCGGCAAUCAAUUUCGUCAGCGUCAACGUCAUCGCCGACAUUAUCUACAGCUUCGUCAAUGUCAACUGGGCCGGUAACUUCUCCUGUGGUUGGGAUACCCACUUCUGCAGCUUCCAAAGUGAUUACCGAACUUCUCCAGUCUACAGGACAUGCUGCGGACAAACUUUAUGUUUGUCCCUACAAAGGAUGCAGUGGGUCACUCGAUGCUAAAAGUUUCGUCUCUCACAUUCGUUAUCAUUUGGCCACCGCCCACAAUCAGGAUACUGAUGUGAAAUGCAAACAUUGCAGCAUUCGCAUGAUGCCAGCCGAACUACUUAAUCACUUGCCAAGAUUUCAUGGACGGCAUACUGUGUUUUGUGCCAUAUGCCUGGCAACCACAUUGAAUCGUCGAGUUAUGCAUACCCAUGUAAAGAGUAAACAUGAAGGCAGCUUUUUGCUAGCUAAUCGACAAUUGCACUUUGUUCCAUUGUCGUGUGAAAACGUGGGAGACACAAUCGAAUUGGCUGCCAUCGAGCAUCCGUUUGGUAAAAGCCAACUAGAGAACUUCCACCGUCGCUUAACUAUUGAAUGGCAGAACCGACGUCAGAACACCAAAGUGAUGUACCGUCACUCCGAAGUGCGUUUAUUACCCAAAAUGUCUGUGUUCCCCCAUUAUCUUAAAUGUGGCGAUUGCAAUAAUUACGAAAGUCGCGAAAGAAAAGCAUUGCAAAUGCAUCUCUAUGCACACAAAGCCCAUGAAAUAUCUGAAGCCUAUCAACUGGGAAAAGCAUCAGUGCCCGAAACUCCAAUCUCUAGCCAAGAGCUGGCCUCAUCGUCAUCGUCGACGUCGUCAAAUUUCAAUUCAAAUCGAAAUCCCGUUCCCAAUGCUCCUCCAGUCGGCACUGUGACACACCAGAAAAAACAACUAGAUUUGAUUGGGGAACCGCCCAAGCCUGGCCAACAACAGAUUGUAUUACCCAAAUUAAUAUUUGUACCGCCUGAGAAGCUCUAUCAUUGUGGAUCCUCCAAAUGUUCGCAGUCAAUGUCAACAGAUCUGGCACUACGUCAUCACUUGGCAACGGAUCACAGCUAUAAGGAUGUAUUGUCAUGUGUCCACUGUAAAUACAGAAUUUCCCACAAAUCCACGGCUGACACUCUGAUUGAACAUUUGGAGAUGCACAAACAAUACAUUUACCAGUGCGGAGGCUGUCCACGUUAUGGCAACAAACGUGCCGCAAUCGAUCGACACAUUCUGGAACGACACCAGGAUAGUGAUGUGGAUGUAAUAAUCUAUAAGCGGGAUAAAAUUGGAGCUGGAAUGUCUGCCGCUAAAUGGUUCAAAACACCCAAAUCUCCCAUUCCGGAUUUCAUUUGCAAUUGGUGUCAGCAUGGCCAGGACACAGAGGCUCAAAUGAUGGCCCACGUUUCGGCUGUUCAUAAGAAGCGGACUCAAUAUUUCUGCCAGUAUUGUUCAGAUAACUUCAUCGAUCCUAUAUUAUUGAUCCGUCAUCUUCUUAUGAGGCACCCGGAGAAACCAGUAGAGCCAGUACAGGUCUAUCAACGUCUUUCGGUUAAAAAUAGAAGCACUCUAGGCUUUUAUUGCUUGAAAUGCAAAGAGGUGACCAACACCAGGCAAAAGAUCACUAGUCAUUGUGAGAUGAUACACCAGUCUAAGCACCAAUUCAAGUGCCCGCAUUGUGAUUUUGGUCAUAGCAUAGAGCGCAAUAUAGCGAAUCACAUGUUUGAAAGGCAUCCAUUUUCAUCGGGCCGGGCAAUUAUGCAAUUCGAACGUGUAUCCAAUUAUGUGCCAGAUGAUAUCUGCUGGACACAUUUGGCAAGAGAUUUUGAAUACGAGCCCUCGACCGCCGCAAGGCAUCAACUGCAGCAGAAACAGCAACAGCAGCAGCAGACACAGCAACAACAACCCACGGUUGUAGAUGAAAUUGAGCUAAUUUCAUCGGAUGAAGAGGAGACGCCCAUAGAGGAGACCGAUCAUUUGAAAUCCAUAGAAUUUGCCUGCUCGUACUGCAAUGAAACGAAAAAGGAUGUAGUCCAAUUGCGUUUAGAUCAUUGGGCCACUACUCAUGGGGAUCAGCCCUUCUAUUUUCGCGUUCAGCCGCAGCUCCUCUGCCCGGAAUGCAAGAACUUUCAAGGCAAUGCCAAGACAUUGCUUCAGGAGCAUCUAACCAAAGUGCAUGGGAUAAGACAAGUAGUUGCAUGUGAUAUACAGCGACCCGAUGAAUGUGCGUAUUGCGAUUACCGAUACACUAGCUGUAACGACUUAUUCCAACACAUACACAAUGUGGGUCACCGUGCCAAUGAUUUAAAAAAUAUUACUGAUGAUGAACUCAUGACACUGAGACAAUUGGGAACGGAUGCAAUGACGAUGAAAACCAAUGAAUACUAUCAAUGUGUCAUAUGCAAGAUUAUAAUGCCCACUUGCCUAGCAAUGGGUCAACAUGGCGUUGUACAACAUUCGGAUGCAGCUAAUUUUUGCUUCCGUCGCGUUACGGAGGAGGUGAUAUAUCAUUGCUUUUUCUGCAUGUAUGCCUCAACAGAUGAGAAGCAAACACUACGCCAUAUGCUAGAUCACUAUCCAAAGUAUAAGCACUGCAGGUUCUGUCAGGGUCUAGCAGUGCCACCGCCUGGGUUCGAUGGUUAUUUACAGCAUCGUGCGGCACAUUCGUACGACGAUAUAAAAAAGUAUUUGAUGGAAAUACAUUAUCAAUUCCAAAAUGGAUUAAUCAUUACCAAAAGUAGUUUACGCCGCACAAAGUUUAGCGAUGAAACCCUAAUGAAAACUUUGGAUAUGGAAAUGAUGCGUAGAACUUUUACUCCAGGGUCUCCAGGUCAACCCUUACCGAAACGCCGCAAGACUGCCUGUACCGAUGAGAUUAGACAAGUAGGAUCAACAGAAGGAAGUGCUAUAAUCGCAAUUAACGGUGAGCCAGUAAGGGUUUCAUCGGGACUGCAAAUUACACCGAUACCCGCAAAUAGAGUUUUAAUGACAUCAUUUACCGGGCGGGACACCACCUCAGCUCCUUCCGCAUCGUCAACAGCAGCAGCUCCAAGAAACCUACCAGUACGCAUCUUAAAGCGACGAUUUACGGUUAUGGGUGAUAAUCUGAAUCCAUCGUUUCUAUCCAACGACAAAUGAAUCCUAGUAGCCAUAAACUAAUUUGGGGAGAAAGUUACAAACUUAAUCUGAAUUAUUUGUUUUUUAUAAUCUGCAUCUAUGUUUGUUAUACAAGAAAAAACCUAAGAUAGAACUGAAAACUUUUUUUUUUUAUAGUAUCUCAGUAGUUCUAGAACUGAUAAAAUAUUGAAUAAUAAUUAUAAUUA